CUUGUCAAAGAAAUCUCGCAACUAUGGAAGUGAAAACUGUUAACAAAAGUCAUAGAUCCCGAAAGAAUAAUAACGAUGCAAAGAAACAAGUCGAUUCAAGUUCAGAAGAUGAAGAGGAAUUGUGCUAUAUUUGUACAGAACCUAUGGAAACUUAUGCUGUAGCUGAAUGCGGUCAUCGCACUUGUCAUCGAUGUACUCUACGUUUAAGAGCAUUGUACGAUACACGUAAUUGUGCUUAUUGUAAAACGGAACAAAAAAUUGUGAUUUUCACAAAGGAAGCAGAGAAACCGUUCAACGAAUUUUCUCUGGAUGAUACACCCUUCAGUGAUAAGAAAUUGGGCAUUCGAUUUGAGACACAGGAGAUGUAUAAGGAAGCAAUGAAUAUGCUAGAAUAUAAUUGUCCUCAAAAGGAGUGUACGGAGUCAUUUAAGAAUUGGGGAGAAUUAAAGCAGCAUACCAGAAAGGUGCAUAGUUUAAACCUUUGUGAUUUAUGUUCUCGCCAUAAAAAGGUUUUUCCUUACGAACAAUCAUUGUAUACUUCACCUCAGCUAACGAAGCAUCACAGAGAAGGCGAUAAAGACUUUAACAAGAACGACGAGACUGGAUUUACAGGCCAUCCAGAAUGUGCCUUUUGUAAGAGUCGUUUCUUUGGUGAUGAUGAAUUAUUUGUUCAUUGUCGUGACAUGCAUGAGCAGUGCCAUGUUUGCGUCAGAAACGGAAAUAGACAGGAAUAUUAUGCCAAUUAUGAGAGCCUAGAAGAGCAUUUCAAGUCUGAUCAUUACAUGUGUCUUUAUCCCCAAUGUCUUGAAAAAAAGUUUGUUGUAUUCGAAUCUUCAAUUGAUUUAAAGGCUCAUCAAAUAAAAGAUCACGGUGAAUCGUUAUCUGGUAUGCAAAGAUCCAUGCAGUCUGAUGCUCGAAAAUUGGAACUGAAUUUCCAAUAUGACUCUUACCGUAAUAACCAACCACAAAGAGGCGGUGGCAGCAGCAGCAGCAGCAGCGGUAAUACCAACAACAAUUACAGUAAUAACAAUACAAAUAAAAGUAAUAAUGGAAAAAAGAAGGAAGAAACUACAAAAACUAACAAGUCGCCUGUUGCAAGUGGAUCAUCGACUCCUGUUCUUUCCAGCAAUGAAUUUCCAACCAUGAACUCUGUAAAACAGGCCGUGCCUUCUGUACCUCGUACUAUACCUGGUGCUAGUACUAAAAAAGGCAAAGGCAAAGGCAAAGCAUUGCAGAAACCGGCUGGAUUUGGUGCUCUUUCAUCUGGUCCCUCAACUUCAACCAGUACUAAUGCAGAAACCACCUCCACUGAGCCUGCCGAGGUUGUAGCAAGCCAUGCAUCAUUCUUGUCCAAAGUUGGGGAAAUUCUGAAGAGCAAAGACAAAGUAGCACAAUUUAGAUCGCUUACUGGCGCUUAUAGGAAUAGCACACUUAGUGGAGAAGAUUACGUUAAUCAAAUCGUUAAGUUAACUAAUAACUCCGUUGAAAACUCGAGCAAAAUUUUCAAAGGAGUUGAGGAUUUAUUAGACAUCGAGGACAAAAAGUGGGAAUUGAUUCGUACCUGGAGAAAUAAACAGACCACUAUGAGUCACUUUCCUGCCCUGGAUGUUAGAAGCAAGCCUCCUCCACCAAAAGCAUCUCGCGUUUUAGUCAUUAAAGGACCUAAACCAACAAAUAGAGUUGUGGGUGCUACUGGUGGCAAUACCAAAUCGAAAAAUGUAUGGGAUAAAGUUGCAACUGCAGCUACCUUAGCCACCACAUCGAAUAGUAGAUCAUCUAGUGCUGGAUCAUCACCCCAAUCAUCCAGACCUAGUUCGCCCAGUAACAUAUUCCGUGCACCAACUAAAACACCUUGGAGCGGGUCAUCCAAUACUGCUAAUACUAAUACAUCCGGAAAAGAAUUCCCUACUUUAAAACCAAAAGCCUUCCCUUCUUUACCUGUCACAACGCCGAAGCAUCAAAUGAUCCUGAACAUGCGUAGAACUGCAUCAGGACAGCAAAUCAACAACGCGUGGGGUGGAACCAGUAGUGAAGAAAGUAGAGACGAUGCUGCAGAGGAAUCUUCUUCAUCAAAUACCGAUAAAAAGAAAAAAGGAAGGAAGAACAAGGUCCUAUUUAGAGUUGGCCUAUAAUCCCAAAAAUAAAUCGUUAAUUUUUUAUUUUUUUUUACACACGCACAGCAGAGGUAUAAACACACACACAUAUAGCGGAAUAAGUGGAAAAUUUUUUCUUUAAGGCCCU